ACGCGGUUGAAUAUUAGUCAUCUCUCUCAGGUAAAAUACGUAUUGAGGCUUUGUAAAUUAAUUCCUGCGCCUUUGAUGAAAUGUUCACAUUCAACAAGAACACGCACACAUGGAGGAACGACUAGUACGCGGACUGUUAUUUUGAAGAAAUCCUUCUAUGAGUUGUCAUGUUUUAGGUAAUAGCAGGAGUUGUGUUUCCCUGGCUGUCACUGUACACGUUGACUGCGUGAAGGAUGUUUGGAGCGCAUGUGCAAUAUCUCCCCACGCUGGAGAAGUUCUUCUGCUUGUGAUCUAGCUGGCGAAAGCAAUGUCCACUUGGCGCAUAUUCCACGCUAAAGUGCGGACAGCCCGGGGUCUCUUCGCCUUCAGACGGGUCACACUGGAGCAUCGGUGGUCGUAUGGAGAAAUAACGCCAAGACGAAGCCUCAAGUCAGGGACCUCUCUGCGAAAUGACUUUAUUAAAGAUCUGCAGGCCAGACUGGCCGCCACGAGGAAGAAGGUGUCGGACGCUCUGCCGGGGAGCUCCUGGAGCCCCUUGGAGAUCAACCCCGACCUCCCGCCGGAGAGGGCCGAUAUAGUGAUCGUGGGAGGCGGCGUGGUGGGCUGGUCCGUCGCCUAUUGGCUCAAGCGGAAGGAGCUGAGGCGUGGAGGGCUCAGUGUUGUGGUAGUGGAGAAGGACACCACGUACUCCCAGGCGUCCACAGUGUUAUCCGCUGGAGGGAUUCGGCAGCAGUUUUCCCUGCUGGAGAACAUCUGCCUGUCCAUGGCAUCUGCAGACUUUCUAAGGAACAUCAACGACCAUCUGGGAGUGUUGAAUGAAGACGCCGUGGACCUGCAGUUCAACCAAUCAGGAUAUUUGUUCUUGGCCAGCGAGAAGGUGGCGCACAUCAUGGAGGAGAACUACAAGACCCAGAGGUCUGCUGGAGCCCAAGUGUGCCUUCUCUCCACCACACAACUCAAAGAGAAAUUUCCGUGGAUUAACACAGAAGAUGUGGCGCUCGCCUCAUAUGGUCUGGAGAACGAGGGCUGGUUUGACCCCUGGACUCUGCUGAACGCCUUCAGGAGGAAGGCCAUGUCCAUGGGUGUCAUCCAGUGUACUGGAGAAGUCACCGGAUUUAAAUACACCUCAAAUGUGGUGACCACAGAGGAGGGUGCACAUUUGGAGAUAAGGAGGAUCAAAUCUGUGAAAGUACGGAUGCCCAACAGCCUGGAGUACCAGCCAGUGGAAUGUGCCAUUGUGGUGAACGCAGCCGGAGCCUUUUCUGCUAAAUUAGCUGAGAUGCUAGGAUUGGGAUUCGGACCCAAAGACAGCAUAGCUGCCAUUCCGCUUCCCGUUGAGCCCCGCAAAAGGUUCGUGUACGUGGUCCACUGUCCUGACGGUCCUGGUCUGGACACGCCCUUCUUGGUCGACUACUCGGGAGUGUAUUUCAGGAGGGAGGGGCUUGGAGGAAACUACAUCGCUGGAAUGUCGCCGGAGGAGGAGGAGGAGCCAGACAUUGCCAGUCUGGAUGUGGACCAUCAGUUUUUUGAGGACAAAAUUUGGCCCAACCUGGCGCAGCGUGUUCCUGCGUUUGAAAAACUGAAGGUGACCAGUGCGUGGGCGGGCUACUACGACUACAACACCUUAGACCAGAACGGCAUUGUGGGCCUGCACCCGCUCAUUAACAACAUGUACUUCGCCACGGGCUUCAGUGGCCACGGUCUGCAGCAGUCGCCUGCCGUGGGCCGCGCCGUGUCCGAACUCAUCCUGGACGGCAACUUCCAGACCUUGGACCUGAACGGCCUGGGCUUCAGGCGCAUCCUGACGCAGGAACCCAUGUUGGAGAGGAACAUUGUGUAGUUUUCAGUGUCAGUCUGGACAAUGAUUGCUGCUUUUUAAACAGUGGAGCCUUGCCAUGUCCCAUACCUGGUAGUACUAUGAUGGUAGUACUAUGAUGGUAGUACUUUGAUGCCUAUCAAGUCGUCAUGCUGCACUUUUUAUGGUCUCUUGUUCACAUGAUGCACUUUUCAAGCACAGUGAAGGAGAAAAGCUCUUGGGAUGAGGUGGUGUUGUUGGAAGUAGCUUAGCAAUGUGGUGACGUCCAAAAGCCUCCAGUUAAAGACGUGCGUCACUACGUCAACAACUCGUAAAACAACAGGGAUAUUCAACUGGCCCAAUCACACCCCAGCAUCACAUCACGCCCGCCCGUCCACUUCAGAGCUAACGUUUUUACAGCAGAUUCCCAAGAACAGCACAACUCUGUUAUAUAGAGGACCUUUGGCUAGCCUUUUUUGCCAGUAAGUCCUUAAAAACAGCAGAGUGGUCCUGUCACAUAGAGGAUCUUUUACUAGAGUUUUUGCAGUAGUAGACAAUCUUUGUCUAGCAUUUUUGUAAUAAGUUCUUAAAAACAACAGAGCAUCCCUGUUUUUAGCAGUAGGUUGUCAAAAAUGGCUGAGCACUCUCGUCAUAUAGAGGCUCUUUAUGCUACUACAAAGACCCUCUAUAAUAUAGGCUCUUUGACUAACUGUUUGAGCAAAGUGGUCCUGUCAUAUAGAGGAUCUUUGACUGCCGUUUUUUUUUGACUCGCUUCUUAAAAACAGCAGGGUGUUGCUGUCAUUAAGAGGAUCUUUGACUAGUGUUUUUGGCGGUAGGUUCUCAAAAACAGCAGGCUUCCGCUGUCAUAUAGAGGAUCUUUGGUUAGCAUUUUUGGCAGCAGGUUCUUGAAAACAACAGGGAGUCUCUCAUGGAGAGAUUCUUGGACUAGAGUUUUUUGGCAGUAUGUUCUCAAAAACAGCAAAAAGAUCCCGUCAUAUAGAAGAUCCUUGGAUUGUAUAGUUUCUUAAAAACAGCAGCUCGCUCCUGUCAUUUAGAUGAUCUAUAUGCUACUGCAAGUAUCCCCUAUAAGAGAGGAUCUUUGACUAAUGUAUCUGGCAGUAUGUUCUCAAAAACAGCAAAAAGAUCCCGUCAUAUAGAAGAUCUUUGUCUUGUGUAGUUUCUUAAAAACAGCAGCGCGCUCCUGUCAUAUAGGGGAUCUAUGUAUAUGCUACUGCAAGUAUCCCCUUAAAGAGAGGAUCUUUGACUAAUGUAUUUGGCAGUAGGUCUUAAGAAGAUCCCGUCAUAUAGAAGAUCUUUGUCUUGUGUAGUUUCUUAAAAACAGCAGCGCGCUCCUGUCAUUUAGAGGAUCUACGUAUAUUCUACUGCAAGUAUCCCCUUAAAGAGAGGAUCUUUGACUAUGACUAUGUAUUUGGCAGUAGGUUCUCAAAAACAGCAGGUUUCCGCUGUCACAUAGAGGAUCUUUGGUUAGCAUUUUUGGCAGUGGCUUCUUGAAAACAGCAGGAGUCUCUCAUGAAGAGAUUCUUGGACUAGUGUUUUUGGCAGUGGGUUCUCAAAAACAGCAGGGUGCUGCUGUCACAUUGAGCACAGGCGUUUUUUUUAUAUGCAGUAUUUUUUUACAAAAUACGUUAAAAUGAAAUAAAUAUGCUAUAUACAACUUGUGUAUGGUCUACAGUCUGUCCUGCCAAGUAGGAGAGAAGACUUUGAGGAUGUACGAUGGGGUGCCCCCACACGACCAUUGCCAUGUUAGAUCCUUGGCUGAUGAGGUGGAUUGGAUCCAAGGCUUUCAUUGAAUACCCUCACGUUCAUCACAAGACUUUUUUUUGGCAAAAAGACAAAAUGUACGGCAGGGGUGCUCACACUUUGAUAUUUCAUUCAUUCUUUCAUUCAUUUUCUACCGCUUAUCCUCACGAGGGUCACGGGGGUGCUGGAGCCUAUCCCAGCUGUCUUCGGGUGAGAGGCGGGGUACACCCUGGACCGGUGGCCAGCCAAUCACAGGGCACAUAUAGACAAACAACCAUUCACACUCACAUUCAUACCUAUGGACAAUUUGGAGUGGCCAAUUAACCUAGCAUGUUUUUGGAAUGUGGGAGGAAACCGGAGUACCCGGAGAAAACCCACGCAUGCACGGGAGAACAUGCAAACUCCACACAGAGAUGGCCGAGGGUGGCAUUGAAUUCAGGUGUGAGGCCUGCGUGCUAACCACUUGUCCACCGUGCAGCCCACUUUGAUAUUAAUAAAUCCAUAAAUUUGUAGUAUAAUUACUAUGUUUCUAAGUAUGUAUGUUGUACAUGUACAUCAGGGGUGCAUGCAAGUUACCAGUGUGUGUGAUCUAUCUUUUCCUUAUUAUUUUUGGGUUGGAAAACGGCAAAAAUGUGUAGGAAAAAAAGAGCAAAGCAAAAUAAUCAAAGUGGUUCUUGAAAGCUUUCAUUUUUCAUGACGUGGCCAUCGCUGGGUAAAGGUUUGGACGCCCCCGCCAUACAGUACUUGUUGCAUUGUGGGAAAUGUGCAUGCAUUUCUGCAUCCAUCCUGCUGAUUGUUUGGCUUUAUUUCAUGAAUAAAAGUGUUACACGGUGCAACAUUAAAAAACAAAACAACCUGAAUGUGCACAUCAACUGCAGUGGUGCUCAGUUCCAACAAGCCGUAUCAGCGGCCAUAUUGUGUGGUCAAUUCUCACUUGAAACUCCUGAUUGACUGAUGUGCAGGCAGAGGAGGCAAUGAUGAAUAAUACAAAAGCCAAUAAUAACAAACAUAUAUUUGUGUAUUGAACUGUAUAAUAAAUGAAUAAUAAAAUAAAAAAUGAAGGAAUGAAUGUGACUGUCAAGAUGAAGGUUUAUAAACCCAGACUUACCAGGAGGGGGUCAAACCUUUACAACAAAGUAGCAGAAGUUUUCCUGGAGAAGGAACGGUUGUGUGUACUUCAUAUACAAAUAUAAGGUAAAAACACAAAUGUUAUUCACUUUAUUACACAAACCAGUAAUUGGGUAUUCUUUUAAACCAGAGGUUAGCCUCUUAAAAUGGAGGAGUGGAAACAUCUAAACGUCCCCUUGUCUCAUACUGCUUGCUAUGCUUACAUGAUUAUAUUAUAUC